UCACUUUUUACAUCACAGGAUCACUAUAUCACACGCACGAACGUUUGAAGGACUACCACUGCACUUUCUAUUAAAAUGUUUUGUUUUUUUACAGUACCAAGCAGAGGCUCCUCGCUGUCUCCCGCGGGAAAUCUGCCCCGUUUUCCAAGUAUUCACAUGUGCAUAUGCUUCCAUCUUGCUUUCUUUGCACAUCGUGUGGUGCUGGUUACGCGAGGUUCACAGUAGAAAGUGCUGCAGAGGUCCCAUCUACACACAAUAGUUGAAUUCAGGAUUCCUGCCACAAGGAUUCUCCUUGGUCGAAGACAUAAUGGGAGGCUCCUGUUUGUUAACAGUGUGGCAGUAAGGCACAACAGCUCACAGACUCAAGUUGAAACCAUUUCCAUGGCAACUCCAGUGAUGGAAGCCUCUGACACUCCUCCAAUCCUGGAAUCCAGCCCUGUCUCUGUACCUGCUGAUGCUGCCCCUGUAAUCACACCACCAAUCUCUGAGCAGGUCACAGUUGAAACUGUCUCUAUGACUGCUCCAGUAGUAGAAGCCUCUGCUUCCUCUCCAAUGUUGGAUUUCUCUGGAGUCCCGGUGCCUGCUGACCCCACCCCUGUUAUCACAUCACCAAUCACUGAGCAGGUGGCUGAGGCGCCACCAACUGCCGUGGAGGUUCUGCAGGGGAUGGUUCCAGAAACUAGCCUUGCAGAGCUGGGAUUGGCCCAACACACCCCAGUGGGACUAAUCCAGAACUUAUUAGAGGUCAUGCAUGUUGAUCUAGGCUUGCCCUGGUGGGGGGCCAUUGUUGUAGGAACGGCCCUGGCACGUCUGGCUGUGUUUCCUGUCAUAGUGAAGGGCCAAAGGGAGGCAGCCAAGCUGAACAAUGUGCUUCCUGAGAUGACCAAACUCACCAACAGGAUGAAUGAGGCCAAACAGAGUGGAAACAAAUAUGAAUUUGCCAAGGCCUACUCUGACCUAAGCCUGUUCCAGAAGAAGCAUGAUGUCAACCCUCUCCGUGGUUUCCUGGUUCCUUUGGUGCAGGCCCCAGUCUUCAUCUCAUUCUUCAUUGCUCUGAGGAAGAUGGCUUAUCUCCCGGUACCCAGCCUACAGACAGGAGGUGUCCUCUGGUUCCCUGACCUAACAAUGGCAGACCCCUUUUACAUCCUGCCUUUCGCCGUCACUGGCACAAUGUUCUUCAUCCUGGAGCUGGGGGCAGAGUCUGGCAUAGACAACCCGAAUCUGCGAGCAAUGAAGACAGUUUUCAGGAUAAUGCCCUUCGUCAUCCUCCCCCUCACCAUCAAUUUCCCUACGGCAGUGUUUACAUACUGGCUGACCUCCAACUGCUUCUCCCUGGGCCAAGUGGCUUUACUCAGACACCCGCUGAUUCGGAAGAAAUUCCGCAUCCCAGAGCGGAUCACCCACCCGGCCUCCGCUCUACCCGAAAAUGAAGGCUUCAUCGUGAGCAUGAAGAAGGGCUGGAAGAAUGCUCAGAUGGCACAGCAGUUGCAGGAGAGGGAGAAGCGAAUCAAAAACCAACUGGAUCUCGCCGCCAGAGGUCCUCUGAGACAGACAUUUACCCACAAUCCACUUAAGCAGACUGGCCAAGCAAUAGCAGCAACAUCAGCCAAAGGAAAGCCAGGAGCCCAGUUAGAUGGAAAGUCAAGGCCCUGGAAGGAAACCAUUGGAUGAAGAGAAUGACUGCCCAAGAGUGUGAUAGCCUGGUGAAUCAUGUACAUAUUAAUGGAUAGAUAAAUUAUGGAAGGGGUUAAAAAAGAGGAAUGCGUGGGGGGCAGGGGUCAUUACCAGCGUAAUAUUCUAAUUAAAGGACAAAAUGUGCUACCUUACCAUGA